AAACGCUGAAAGGAAAUAUGGAUAUGGAUAUGAGCAUGUCCGCCGAUGGCGACCUCUUGCAGUACUUUGACCUCUCACCCGACAAAUUCCCAUGGCGCGCCCCGAGGCCCCAGGAGAUAGAAGUUCGACGCGCCCACAUGUCCGACAUGCUUGUUUUCGACAUCCUUCUCUCCUCUGGAGGUAUCCGCCAUCCCGACACCCUCUUCCCUCCGGCCGACCCAGACUCCCUGGAACGACUGCUGGAGGCGAUCACCCAUUCCACCUACGACGUGUUGAAGCAGGACUGUCUGGUGUACUUCUUGCUCAAGUGGCAUCAAGACGGUCGUGAGGAGGAAUUCAAGGAGAGGCGGGGCAUCCCUCCACAGUUCGCGUCGCUUGCGGACGCGUACUGGCAUCUUGAUUCUGGGGUCAACGUGGGGCGGGCGGUAUCGCUCUUGAGCGACGCGCGGUUGAACAGAGACUAUCCCUCCAAGAUUUUGCAAGCACUAUCUCUUUCCGACGAUGCUAGCGCAUAUAUCCGAGCGUACGUCCGAACCGCAAAUCCCCUCCUCACGGAACCCGACGAUAUCGACGCCUACACUAUCGCGCUGGCCGAGUCGAGCCUUAUGGAGGCUUGGUCGUAUCAGCGGUCUUUCUCUGAAGUCAGCGCCACACGCAAGAGGCUGAUUCGAAAAAUCCUGGAUUGGUGUAUUACGCCGAAGCCGCGCCUCGCGACUCUGACGCACCUAUUGGCGUUUCCCUUCUCCCCGUACGAACAAAACCUCGUCCACUCGUAUGCGCUCGACCCACCAUCCCAUGUAUCCGCGGCAUCAGUUGCCGUCAUUCAAGAUCUCGUCUGCGUACGACUCGUUCAAAGUGGCCAGCACGCUGCCGCUAUCAAGCUUGACCGCCAGUUCUCCUCCGUCCCGCGUGGUGGCGACAAGGCUCAGAAGAUAGCACAGGAACGGCGGCAAAUGAUGGACGAGCUCAUGUCCGCGAUGCCGAAUGCCGAGCGCUAUCUCCUCGAGCUUGAACUAGAGAACUUUGCACAGGGACGCGGAAUGAACCUCUCGGAGAGUGUCAGUAGCUCGAAACCCAAGGCUAAGGGGAAGGGAGUCGACCUCAGCAUGUCGUGGGAACACAUUGCUCCACCAGCGACGAACGGCGUGAAUGGCGCGUCCUCGGCGUCCGCGACUCUCCCCAUCCCGCAGCGCUCGAAUGCGCCGCGCUUCGGCGGCGUGCAUCCUGCUAACGCAGUGCCGUUGACACGCCAGCACGCUGUCAGUGUCAUCAUGCCCAAGCCUCCAAGCGGUCCUCUGCUCUUCGCGGGUAUUCCUGCCGGCAACAUCCCGUCGUCUGCCGGUCUUUUUGGCAGCGCAGCCGCGAGCACAAGCGCAGGUCGCGGCGGUUCGCUCUUCGACGUCGCUGGGAGCGCAAACUCGACGCCGAACGCGUUCUACCAGCCACCUGCGAGCACGGGCCAGAAGCGCUCGAUGUUCGGAACGCUGAGCGCAUCCACGAGCGCUCGCCCGCAACCAACAUCCGCGUUCGCCUCCGUCUCCGCGCAAACGAGCGCGCAACAUAAAACCUCCGGAGGCGCUGCCGACUCCUCUAUCCACGGCCCGCACGACGCGGAUGUCAGCAUGCUUUCCGAGCUUUCCGAGCCCGAGUCCGGGGCGGACGCGUCGUUAUCGCGUGCGGAACCCGGCGCGGAGGAGGAAGAGGAGGUCUCGCACGCGGGCUUCGCGGCCUCGGUGUUCGGGAACAUACCGAGCGCGCACACGCGGCCGAUCGCGACGUCGACGGGCUCGCGCAUUGCGCGGACGGAGACGGAGGCCAGGAUGCCUCCGGGCGCGUUCCUUCCUGACGACGAUGAACAUGACGGGGCGGACCAGGAAGCGCAGGAAGAGGAACAGGAGCGGCGGGAACAGGCCUCUGCUUCGGCGGCGCGGGCGCGCGGUGGGAGGAGCACGCGGGCAUCGGCCUCGGCCUCGACGUCGACGCGCACACGGGCUCGCGCACCACGCUCGCCGUCUCCGGAACAACAGUCGUCAUACGCCCCCGCGCUCUCGACGCGUACGCGGAGGGCAGUCAAGGAUGCGGACCUGGGACGGAGCAUCCCUGGAUCGCUCAUGGGGACCGACGACGACGAUGAUGAUAAUGACGAGAACGACGAUCGCCGCCGGCGUGAUCACGAGCGGGACGAAGAGGAGGAGGAAGAGGACGUGGUUGCACCCCUGCCAGCACCGACACCUGCCCGUCGCACGUCGCGCAAGUCGCGCGCCUCGAACGGAAGUCAGGUCGAAGCCCCGCGCGUGACCCGGCGGUCCUCGCGGCUCUCCGCCGUGUCGUCCGUCGGGUCGUCGUCGCCCGAGCCGGCGUCGCCGCAGAAGCUCUCAGCGAAGUCGAGGAGCUCAAGAGGGGGCAGGACGUCUACUGCGGGGGCGAGUACGAGUGCUGCGAAGAGCACGGCGACGAAGAGCAGCUCGAGGAAGAAGCGGACGUAAACGAUCGCCGGAUAUCGGCCGGUGUGCAGGUAUAUUCCCUGUCUAGAAGAGAUUUCGGUGCUAGGUACGGUGCUCUAGAACGAUCCCUCAUCGUGUUGUUGUACUCGCUCUCUAAAAUCUCUAGUGGCU